UCCCCUCCCCUCCCUCCCCUUUCCCCUCUCCCCCUCCUCCUCUGCCUCCUGGAGCGAGACACCAAUAUGGAGCCUGAAGACCUACCAUGGCCCGGCGAGCUCGAGGAGGAGGAGGAGACGGAAGAGGCGGAGGAGCGGGAGAACCUGGACUCUGACGAGGUGGUGAUGGUGGAGGAGGUGGAGGAAGAGGAGAGGCGGGAACUGGAUUCGCACUUUAACUACGAGAGCCAGCCUCGGGAGAGUACGGACGAAGAGGACGACGAAGAGGCCAAGGCCUGGCUGCAGGCGCACCCCGAACGUCCUUUGCGUCCGUCGUCGCUCUCGAGGCACCGCUACUCGGAGGACAAGCGGACCCGCCCGGAGAAGGUUUUUCCAUUGACCUGUCAUGUAUGGCAACAGCCACUAUAUCAAGGCAAUAGUGGGACACAGAUUUCUGAUACUACUGUGGUCUCUGUGGAAAAAACAGCUCGGUGGAGGUCUAAGGCUGAUCAGAGAACAGAAUCUUGGCAUUAUCUUCCUCAAGAAAUGGACUCUUCCCACACCUUGGAUAUAACCCAGACCAGGUUUAAUAUGCGAGAGGAAGGGACCGAAGUGACAGACUUCACCUCUGUGGAGGAAGGUAUAUUGACCCAACCAGAAAAUCAAGUAAAGGAAGCCAAGAGAGGUCUCUUAUGUUCGCCGCUGCUAGUCAUUCAAGACAACUUUGCUUCCCCUGAUUUGCCUUUGCUGACAUGUUUGACGCAAGAUCAAGAGUUUGGGUCUGAUUCCUUAUUUCAACAGAGUGAACUAGAUUUUGCACCUCUGAGGGGAAUUCCUGGUAAGUCUGAAGAUGCUGAAUGGUUUUCUCGACCGUCGGAAGUUAGUGAAGCUUUAUUCCAGGCAGCCUCAGAAGUAGCUUCAGACUUAGUUAACAGUUGCAUUAGUGUAUCUCAGCACUCGCUUAUAGCUAGUACAGCUGUUGACUGUCAGCGCUCUUUUUUACCUUUUGAACAAGGGACUAAAGAAGAUACUAUUUCGUCUGAUACAGUUGAUGAACUGAAAAGCCCCAAAGACUUCGAUAGUUAUGAUGCUCUUUGUUCCUAUAUGGCAUGGAAGACACAAGAAGUUCAGGAGCCAGAAACCAGUUUAGCUGAGAAAGGUCAAGUUUCUGUUUCAACCUCAUCUUACACAAGUGAUGACUACAUGACUCCUGAAGGAAAUGACAGUUUUGACGCUUCUUGUUCGCAUAUGCAGUAUUGGAAACAGAAAGCUUUACAGCAGUCAGAAAAUUAUUUAACCAGUAGGGAUCAUGAUUCUUAUUCAGAUUCAUCUGACACAAUUGAUAAAAAUAAAAUUCCUAAGGGAAGAGACAAUUUUCGUGCCCCUUUUUCAUGUACGCCGUGGAGCAAACAGGAACCUUCACACCAUCCAGAAACAUAUGUGAUCAGUAAGGACUGUGUUUCUUUUCCACAUGAAGUUGCACCUCAUUUUAAUAACAAAAUGCCACAUUCUUUCUUGCAUUGUCUGUUGGAAAGAAGAGGAAAGGGCAUUCCCUUGACAGCUCACAGUCAUUAUUUUGAGAGUGUUUAUUUAAGGGCUCCAGCUGAGAAUGAGGUGAAAGGAAUGAUGGAUUCUUUGGAGGGGUAUGAAAGAAAUGAAGAAGGUCUGGGGAAAGAAUUAUCUCAAGGUUUUGAACUAAAGGAGAAUAGAAGUACUUUAGUAUUUUCAGAGAUGCAUCCCAGAUCUUCAGAUAUACAGUUUAUUGAGAAUGUUGUAGUUCCUGAUAAUUCUGUAAAAGUUUCAGAAAUACAUAUACACUCUAGGCAACAUGGUACCUCUAAGAUGGAGGUUUCUGGUGGUCCUCUUCAGACUAUUAAGCCCAACUUGGAUGAGACAUCAGAACAACUGUAUUUACAAGAGGAAAGAAACCAAAGGGUAACUUCUGCUUUGGGUGGAAAAAGUAUUGAUGCUUCUGAAAACAUAGCCUUUGAGGUAGUUAUUGCCUCUAUUGAGCCUUCCAAGAAAGAGAGUACAGUAAAUGAAAUCCAAACUGACAGCAGUAAGUCUUUAAAAAAUGACAACCAAGAAAGUGAACCAAAAAAUUCACAUCUUUCCCUAUUAAAUUAUAAUGAUGAAAACUCUUUCUUUGAUGAGUUUAGUCAUCCACGUUAUCACUCUACUCCUGGGAUGUUUGAAUUAGCGGCUUCAAAACCAUUGUUGCAUAAAAAAGAUAAUGAUGAUAGCUCCCUGUAUUGGCAUCUUGAUUUAAAAUCACUCCCCAGUACUCCUCAGGAAAUGUUCAUUAAGCCACUUUCUCUUAUUCCAGAGCUUAAGUCAUCUGCUUCUUUAAGUGAAAAAUCUCACAGCCAGGCUGUUGGUCUUGGCAAAGCACAGUCAGCUUUAUUUCAGUGUGAUCUAGACAAUGAACCAUUUCUUCCUAUUGGGAAGAUAAAGUCUGUUCCUGAUCUUGACCUUGCAGAAAAGGUAGGAUCUUCAAACAUUUUUUAUCCAAUGAAAGUAUCGACUUCAGAUUCUUUGGUUUUACAAGAUUUAAGAAGAUUUGAAGAAGUUGCAGAUUCCUCAAACUAUAUUUUGGUUAAGAAUGUAAACUCUAGUAACAUCAUUGGAGGUCCAUCUGCAACUGUAGGAAGCAGCUUUUCAGCAAACUUGGUGACAUGUGAUGCUAAGUCACAAGGUGCUUUACCAAUGACCAGUAAUGCAUCAUUAAUUGCAGUUGGCCAAGAGUCAUUGCUGAAAGCUGAUGUAGGCCAAGGUAAAAUUCCUCGGCCUAUGGGAGCCAAAUCCUGUUUUACUGUACAUACAAUUAUGCAAAAUGACUCCUAUUUUGUAGAGGGCCUGCAGGGGAAGGCUGAAUCUGACACCUCUACUCUGGAUGAUGAUACUGAAUGCUGGAACCUAGAUGAAAAUGCUAUUGUGUGCAGUACAAGAGUUGCUGAUCUACAAAGAGAGGUACAUGAACAAGGUGACUUGGCUGCUGAGUGCAUUGAGCUAGCAGGUUUUAAAAAUGUGCUUGAUGAUCUAGAGGUUUGUGACAGCUCCCUGCACAGGCAGUCUGCCUUAGAACUGCCAUCUAAGGAAGAGAGUGAUUUUGAAGAGCCUGUAGGUUGUUCUAAUAUGGACAGUAAUCAGACUUUUUCAUCCGUAUUGCCUCCAUUUAUUCCUCAUGAGCCAACCAUAGAGUUGGAGUAUCACUCUUCAGAUCUCAGGAUGUUGAGGGUAUCUCCUGACACUGUGCAAAAGACUCUGAAACAUACAGCAGGAGGUACUUCUAAAGGAGGCAUAGCUGAAGUUAUUCAGUCCAGCUUGAAACCAGGCAUCACUGCUACUCCUGGAGAUUCAGAUACUGGAUCUCAUUUAAUCUUAUGUCCUCAGUUGGCUUCAAGGUCUCCUCAAGAGAAUACUGUUGGUCAACAUACUGAUACCCACAACCAAUGGGCAUCGGUAGAUAGUGAUAUAAGUGAAGAGACUCUAAAAGUUUCACCUGUUAGUGAACUAGCUGACCAGAAGACUGGGAUAUCAACAGUACCCUCUAGUUUCUACUCACAAAGAGGGAAGCCCAGUAUUUUCUACCCACAGGCCUUGCCAGAUGGUCAUCUAACUGAAGAGGCUCUAAAAGUUUCAGCUGUUCCUGGUCCUACUGUCCAGAAGAGUGGCAUACCUACAGUCAUUCCAAGUUCCUGCACCUGUGGAGAGAAGCAUAAUAUCUUCUGCCAACAGACCCUGCCAGACAGUCAUCUAACUGAAGAGGCUCUAAAAGUUUCAGCUGUUCCUGGUCCUCCUGUCCAGAAGAGUGGCAUACCUACAGUCCUUCCAUGUUCCUACUCCCGUGGAGAGAAGCAUAAUAUCUUCUACCAACAGACCCUGCCAGGCAGUCAUCUAACUGAAGAGGCUCUAAAAGUUUCGGCUAUUCCUGGUUCUGCUGACCAGAGGACUAGCAUAUCUACAGUCCUUCCAAUACCUUCUACUUCCUAUUCACAAAGAGAGAAGCACAUUAUUUUCUCCCAGCAGCAUUUGUCAGAUGGUCAUCUAACUAAACAGGUUCUGAAAGUUUCAUUUGUUCCUGAACCAGCUGAUCAGAACACUGGGAUACCUACAUUAUCUUCACAUUCCUACUCACUUGGAGAAAAGCCCAGUAUCUUUUACCAACAGGUCUUGCCAGAUAGACAUUUAAUUGAACAGACUCAGAAAGUUGCAGCUCUUCCUGGACCAGCUGAUCAGAAGACUAGGAUACCUGCAGUAUCCUCUACUUCUUACUCACAUAGAGAGAGGCCCCAUAUUUUCUAUCAACAAACAUUUCCAGAAAGUUGUCUAACUGAACAGGCUCGGAAAUGUUCUGCACCUGAAUCCACUGAGCAGAAGACUGGGAUACCAACGGUGACCUCUACUUCCUCCUCACAUAGAGAGAAGUCCAGUAUUUUCUGCCAAGAGGAGUUGCUAGAUAGUCAUCUAACUGAACAGGCUCAGAAAGUUCCAGCUGUUCCUGGACCAGCUGACCAGGAAACUGGGAUACCAAUAGUGCCCUCUAGGCCCUACUCUCUUAGAGAGAAGCCCAAUAUUUUCUAUCAGCAGGUCUCACCAGACAGUCAUCUAUCUGAAGAGACUCUGAAAGUUUCAGUUGCUUCUGGACCAGCUGAAAAAAAGAGUGGGUUACUAUCAGAAGCUUCUAAUUUCUACUCACAUAGAGAGAAGCACAAUAUUUUCUACCAACAGGAGUUGCCAGACAGUUCUCUAAUUGAACAGGCUCAGAAAGUUUCACCUGUUCCUGAACCUACUGACCAGAAGACCAAAAUAUCAACAGUAACUUCUACUUCUUACCCAGAUAUAGAAAAGCCCUUUAUUUCCUACCCACAGGGCUUGCCAGAGAGACAUCUACCUGAAGAAGCUCUAAAAGUUACAGCUGUUUCUGAACCAGCUGACCAGAAGAUUGGAAUACCAGUAGUUCCCUCUACUUCCUCCUCACAUAGAGAGAAACCCAUUAUUUUCUCCCCUCAGGACUUGACAGACACUCAUCUCACUGAAGAGGCUCUGAAACCUUCAGCCACAUCUGGAUCAGCUGACUGGAAGACUGGAAUAUCAACAGUAUCCUCUCCUUCCUACUCACCUAGAGAGAAGCCCAUUAUUUUUUCCCCUCAGGCCUUGCCAGGUAGUCAUUUACUUGAAGAGGCUCUGAAAGUUUCAGCUGACCAGAAGACUGGGUUGCCAUCAGAUCCUUCUAGUUCCUACUCACAUAGAGAGAAGCCCAUUACUUUCUACCCAGAGGGUUUGACAGCCAGCCAGGUACCUCAGGAGGCUCUGAAAGUUCCAGCUGUUUCUGGACCAACUGACCAGAAGACUGAGUUGCCACCAGAACCUUCUAGUUCCUACUCAUCUAGAGAGAAGCCCAUUAUUUUUCCCCCUCAGGCCUUGCCAGGCAGUCAUUUACUUGGAGAGGCUCUGAAAGUUUCAGCUGUUCCUGAAUCAGCUGACCAGAAGACUGGGUUGCCAUCAGAACCUUCUAGUUCCUACUCACAUAGAGAGAAACCCAUUAUUUUCAACCCAGAGUGUUUGACAGACGGCCAGGUACCUCAGGAGGCUCUGAAAGGUUCAACUGUUUCUGGACCAACUGACCAGAAGGCUGAGUUGUCACCAGAACCUUCUAGUUCCUACUCACCUAGAGAGAAGCCCAUUAUUUUUCCCCCUCGGGCCUUGCCAGGCAGUCAUUUACUUGAAGAAGCUCUGAAAAUUUCAACUAUUCCUGGAUCAGCUGACCAGAAGACUGGGUUGCCAUCAGAACCUUCUAGUUCCUACUCACAUAGAGAGAAGCCCAUUAUAUUCUACCCAGAGGGUUUGACAGAUGGCCAGGUACCUCAGGAGGCUCUGAAAGUUUCAGCUGUUCCUGGACCAACUGACCAGAAGAGUGGGUUGCCAUCAGAACUUUCUAGUUCCUACUCAUAUAGGGAGAAGCCCAUUAUUUUCUACCCAGAGGGCUUGAUAAACAGCCAGGUACCUCAGGAGGCUCUGAAAGUUUCAGCUAUUCCUGGACCAACUGACCAGAAGACUAGGUUGCCAUCAGAACCUUCCAGUUCCUACUCAUAUAGGGAGAAACCCAUUAUUUUCUACCCUCAGGGCUUGACAGACAGUCAUGUAUCUCAGGAGGCUCUGAAAGUUUCAGCGAUUCCUGGACCAGCUGACCAGAAGACUGGGUUGCCAUCAGAACCUUCUAGUUCCUACUCACAUAGAGAGAAGCCCCUUACUUUCUACCCACAGGGCUUGACAGAUGGCCAGGUGCCUCAGGAGGCUCUGAAAGUUUCAGCUGUUCCUGGACCAGCUGACCAGAAGACUGGGUUGCCAUCAGAACCUUCCAGUUCCCACUCAUAUAGAGAGAAGCCCAUUAUUUUCUACUCACAGGGCUUGACAGACAGUCGGGUGCCUCAGGAGGCUCUGAAAGUUUCAGCUAUUCCUGGACCAGCUGACCAGAAGACUGGGUUGCCGUCAGAACCUUCCAGUUCCUACUCAUAUAGGGAGAAGCCCCUUAUUUUCUACCCUCAGGGCUUGACAGACAGUCAGGUAUCUCAGGAGGCUCUGAAAGUUGCAGCUGUUCCUGGACCAGCUGCCCAGAAGACUGGAUGGCCAUCAGAACCUUCCAGUUCUUACUCAUACAGAGAGAAGCCCAUUAUUUUCCACUCACAGGGCUUGACAGACAGUCGGGUGCCUCAGGAGGCUCUGAAAGUUUCAGCUAUUCCUGGACCAAUUGACCAGAAGAUUGGGUUGCCAUCAGAACCUUCUAGUUCCUACUCACACAGAGAGAAGUCUAACAUUUUUUACCAACAGGAGUUAUCAGACAGUCAUCUAACUGAAGAGACUCUGAAAGUUUCAGCUGUUUCUGCAACAGGUGAUCAGAAGACUGGGAUACCUUCAAGUUCUUACUCACUUGGAGGGAAGCCCAUUAUUUUCUGUCAGCAGGCCUUAUCGGAUAGGCAUCUCACUGAAGAGGCUCUGAAUGUUUCAGCUUCUCCUGAACCAGCUGACCAGGAGACUGGAAUACCAACAGUACCUUCUGUUUCUUACUCUCAUAGAGAGAAGCCCAGUAUUUUGUACCAACAGCCCUUGUCAGACAAUCAGCGGCCUGUAGAAGCUCUGAAAAUUUCACCUGUUUCUGGGCCAGGUGAUGAGAAGACCAGAAAACCAACAAUUACCUCGGGUUCUUACUCAAAUAGAGAGAAGCCCAUCAUUUAUCAGCAAGAGUUGCCAGAUCUUACUCAAGCAGCUUUAAGUGUUUUCCGGGUUCCUGGACUAGGUGACCAGAAGACUGGAAUAGCAGUAGUAACCUCUACUCCUUACUCACAUAGAGAGAAGCCCAUCAUUUCUUACCAGCAGGAGUUGCCAGAUCCUAAUGAAGGUGCUUUAAAAGUUUUAGGGGCUCCUGGGUCAGCUGACCAGAAGACUGGGAUACGAUUUGGGUCUUUUGCUUCCUAUUCACAUAGAGAGAGCCCCAUCUUUUCUUGUCAGAGGGAGUUGCCAGAUAUUACUGAAGAAACUCUCAAAGUUUCAGCUGUUUCUGGACCAGGUGACCAGAAGACUGGGAUACAUAUAAUUCCCUCUAGUUCCUACUCAUACAGAGAGAAGGACAGUAUUUUUUACCAGCAGGAGUUGCCAGAUGGUUCUGAAGAAGCUUUAAAAAUUUUUGCUCUUCCUGGACCUGCUGAUCAGAAGACUGAGAUACCAACAGGAUCUUCUAGCUCUUACUCACGUAAAGAGAAACUCAAGAUUUCACCUGUGAUUUUACCAGAUGGCCAGAAGACUGAGUUACUAACAACUCCCCUUAGUUCCUACUCACAAAGAGAAAAGCCCAAAAUUUCAACUGUGAUUGGACCAGAUAACCAGACGACUCCGUUACUGACAGUUCUUCAUAAUUCCUAUUCUCAGAGAGUGAAGCCCUUUCAACAGGAGCUGCCAGAUAGACAUCAUAGUGAGGAUAUUUUGAAAAUUUCACCUGUCUCUGAACCAACUGAUGUGAACUCUGGGAUACCGAUACCUCUUUCUAGUUCCUAUUCCCACAGAGAGAAAUCGAAUAUUUUCUACCCACAGGAAUUGCCAGACAAACAUCUAGCUGAAGAUGCACUGAAGGUUUCAACAAUUCCUGUACCAGCUGACCAGAAAAGUCUGUUACCAACAGUUCCUCCUAAUUCCUUUUCAUACAGAGAGAAACCAAAUAUAUUCUAUCAACAGAAUUUUCCAGAUAGACGUAUAACACAAGAUGCUCUGAUGUUCUCAAGGGGUGUUGGGCAAGUUGAUCAGAUUACUGGGUUAUCAACAGUUACUCCUGGUACUUAUUCACAUGAGAAGCAGAAACUUGUUUCAGACCAUGUUCAAAUGCUAAUAGAUAAUUUGGAUUCUUCUAACUCCAGUGUUAUCUCAAACAGUGUACCUUUAAGUUCUCAGGCUGAUGGUAGAGUUGUAAUAAGUAAGCCAGAAUCUUCAGGUUUUGAAGAUGUUGGGUCUGAGGAAAAUCAAGAUACAAGCAGUGGUUCCAAAACUCUUAGAGAGAUUCGGACUCUUUUAAUGGAGGCAGAAAAUAUAGCACUGAAACGAUGCAAUUUUCCUGCUCCCCUGGUCCCUUUCAGAGAUGUUAGUGAUAUUUCAUUUAUACAAUCUAAGAAGGUGGUUUGCUUCAAAGAACCCCUCACAGCUGAUGAAUCUAAUGGUGAUUUGCCUCAAAGACAGCCAUUUACAGAGGAAAGCCCAAGCAACAAGUGCAUACAGAAGGAUAUUAGCACACAGACAAAUCUGAAAUGCCAGAGAGGCAUUGAGAAUUGGGAGUUUAUUAGUUCAACUACAGUUAGAAGUCCUCUACAGGAAGCAGAAAGCAAAGCCAGAGUGACAGUAGACGAAACCCUUCGGCAAUAUAGAGCAGACAAAUCUGUAAUGAGAUCUGAACCUGAAGGGUAUAGUGGAACCACUGGGAAUAAAAUUGUUAUACCUAUGAUGACUAUCAUUAAAAGUGAUUCAAGUAGUGAUGCCAGUUCCUGCUCAUGGGACAGUAAUUCAUUGGAGUCAGUUUCUGAUGUUCUUCUAAACCUCAUUCCAUAUGCUUCACCCAAGACAAGCUUGACAGAUAGUAGAGAAGAAGAAGCUGUGUUGGAGAGUGAUGAUGCUGGUGGUAGCAGUGUAGAUUCACUGGCUGCACAUGUCAGAAACCUUCUGAAAUGUGAAUCCUCUUUGAAUCAUGCUAAACAAAUUCUCAGAAAUGCAGAGGAAGAGGAAUGUCGAGUACGAGCACGAGCCUGGAAUCUGAAAUUUAAUCUGGCUCAUGAAUGUGGCUACUCCAUUUCAGAAUUAAAUGAAGAUGACAGGAGAAAAGUAGAAGAGAUCAAAGCAAAGUUGUUUGGUCAUGAGAGAACAACUGACUUGUCCAAGGGUUUACAGAGUCCACGGGGAAUAGGAUACAAGCCAGAAGCUGUAUGUAGUCACAUUAUUAUUGAGAGCCAUGAAAAAGGAUGUUUCAGGACCCUAACUGCUGAACAACCACAAUUGGAUAGUCACCCUUGUGUUUUCAGAUCUGCUGACCCCUCAGAAAUGAUCAGAGGACAACGGAGUCCAUCAUCAUGGAGAACCAGACACAUCAACCUUUCCAAAUCACUAGACCAGAGUAACCCCCAUUUCAAAGUUUGGAAUUCCUUGCAGUUACGAAGUCAUUCCCCAUUUCAAAACUUUACAACUGAUGACUUCAGAAUUAGCCAGGGUCUUCGAAUGCCAUUCCAUGAAAAGAUAGACCCUUGGCUGUCAGAAUUAGUAGAACCUGCUUGUCUGCCAAAUGAAGAAAUGGAUUGUCAUUCUUCAUCACAAAUGCUGCCCCCAGAACCCAUGAAAAAGUUUACUACUUCCAUCACUUUUUCAUCUCACCGACAUUCUAAAUGCUUUUCAGAUUCCUCUGUUCUUAAGGUUGGUGUUACUGAAGGUAGCCAGUGUACUGGAGCAUCUGUGGGGGUAUUUAAUUCUCAUUUCACUGAAGAGCAAAAUCCUCCCAGAGAUCUAGAACAGAGAACCUCUUCCCCUUCAUCAUUUAAAAUUGUUAGUCAUUCACCAGAUAAAGCUGUGACUAUUUUAGCAGAAAGUAGUAGGCAAAGCCAAAAAUUAUCUGUUGAACAUUCUCAGCAAGAAGAAAAACUCUUAGAAAGAUCAGAUUUUAAAGGCAGUGAUUCUGAGCCCAGUACCAGUGCAAAGUGUAGCAAUGCCAAGGAAGUUCAUUUUUCUGAUAACCAUACCUUCAUUAACAUGAGCAGACCAAGUUCCACAGUAGGAGUAAAAGAGAAGAAUGUAACUAUAACUCCAGAUCUUGCUUCGCACAUUAUUCUUAAACAACGAGAGCUCUUUGAACCAAGCAAAGCCUCACAUGCAGAUCACCAUGUGAGAAAAUACCAUUCUUCCCCUCCUCAACAUCAGGAUUACGUAGCUCCAAACCUUCCUUGUCGCAUUUUUCUUGAAAAACGAGAACUCUUUGAACAAAGCAAAGCCCCACAUUUAGAUCAUCAGAUGAGAGAAAACCACUCUCCCUUUCCUCAAGGUCAGGAUUAUAUAGCUUCAGACCUUCCUUCUUCCAUUUUUCUUGAACAACGUCAGCUCUUUGAACAAAGCAAAGCCCCAGAUGUAGAUCACAUGGGAAAAUACCAUUCCCCUCUUCCUCCAGGUCAGGAUUAUAUAGUAGAAAAGAAUAACCAACAUAAGUUUAAAUCAUACAUUUCCAAUAUGAUAAAUGUUGAAGCCAAGUUCGAUAACAUGGUCUCCCACUCAGCCCCAAAUCAGUGUACAUUAGUAACAUCUGCAUCUACUCCACCCUCAAAUAGAAAAGCACUUUCUUGUGUUCGUAUAACUCUUUAUCCCAAGACUCCUUCCAAGUUGGAUAGUGGAACCUUAGAUGAAAGAUUUCACUCAUUGGAUCCUGCUUCUAAAACAAGGAUGAAUAGUGAGUUUAACUCUGACCUACAAACUAUAUCUUCAAGAUCAUUGGAACCAACCUCCCAGUUAUUGACCGGUAAACCUGUAGCACAGAAUCAAGAAUCUUUAGGUUUUCUAGGACCUAAAUCUUCAUCGGACUUCCAAGUUGUACAGUCUCCUCUUCCAGAUAGUAAUACUAUUUCUCAGGACUUGAAAACCAUACUUUUUCAGAAUAGCCAGAUAGUAACCUCAAGGCAAACACAAGUGAACAUUUCAGAUUUGGAAGGCUAUUCCAGUCCAGAAGGGACUCCGGUAUCUGCAGAUCGACCAUCAGAGGUGAUUAAGACCCCAUUUUCUGCCUUCCCUGGAAAAUUGUCAUCUGAUGCAGUCACUCAGAUAACAACAGAAAGUCCAGGAAAAACUAUGUUUUCAUCUGAGAUUUUUAUUAAUGCGGAUGAUCAUGGACUUGAAAUUCCAGAGCCCAGUGCCCAGAAGCUGGGCAAAGUUCCUACCAGAUUUGCUUCAUCAUCUUCAGUCCAACAGAUUACUCGUCCUCAUGGCACAGAUGCCCAACCUUCACUGUUGCCAUAUAAGCCUCCUGGUAUUACGAGGAUGUACUAUGUUCCACAAUUAAAACAAAUUCCUUCAUCUCUGGAUUCCAGAUCAGAUACCACCAUUGAGAGCUCACACUCAGGAUCCAAUGAUGCCAUUGCUCCAGACUUCCCAGCGGAGGUGCUAGGCACGAGGGAUGAUGACCUACCAGUCACUGAUAACAUUAAACAUAAAGAGGGGAUCUACAGUAAGAGGGCGGUGGCUAAGCCAACCUUGCCAAUGGGGGGGAAACCCCCUCAGAAAGAUAAUGCAGAUGCCCAAGUUCAAGUUUCCAUCAUUGGGGAUGAGGACGUCUCAGAUAAAAACCAGAAAAAGGAGAUCUACAAUAAAAAGGCAGUGACUAACGCUGCCCAACCUGAAGAAAAAGAAUCCUUGCAGAAAACCACUGAAGGUUCCAGUGGUCCUGCUGCUGCAGAGCACUCAGCUCGACUACAAGACCUAAAGACUGAAAGUCUACCAGACACUAAAGCCAUUAAACAGAAAGAGGAGAUCCACAGCAAGAGGACAGUUCCUAAGGAAGCUUGGACAAAAGAAAAAGAAUCCUUGCAGAUAGAUAUUGCAGAGUCCAAAUGUCAUUCAGAAUUUGAAAAUACUACCCAUUCUGUCUUCAGGUCGGCCAAGUUUUACUUUCAUCAUCCAGUGCACCUACCAAGUGAUCAAGAUUUUUGCCAUGAAUCCUUAGGGAGGAGUGUUUUCAUGAGACAUUCUUGGAAAGAUGUCUUUCAGCAUCAUCCAGACAAACAAAGAGAACACACCCGUCUUCCUUCCCCUCAUCAAAACAUGGAAAAGACAAAGGCAGAUUAUACCAGAAUAGAGAGCCUCAGUAUCAAUGUAAACUUGGAAAACGAAGUGAUGCAUACUGCUAAAAGUCGGGCUAGAGAUUAUCCAAAAAGUGACAAACAAAUUAAUGAUCAAAAAAAGGAUCAUAAUGUCACCCCACAGCCAACAGCUCAGCACACUGUGAGUUUGAAUGAACUCUGGAACAAGUAUCAGGAACGAAAGAGGCAACAGAAACCUCCUGAGUUCAGUGACAGGAAAGAACUAUCCUUGGUGGAGCGACUUGAUCGUUUGGCUAAACUUCUUCAGAAUCCCAUCACAUACUCUCUCCGGACCUCUGAAAGCACACAGGAUGACAGCAAAGGGGAACGAGAUGUUAAGGAAUGGAGUGGUAGACAGCAACAGCAGAAAAACAAGCUUCAGAAAAAGAAGCGGUAUAAGAGCCUAGAGAAAUUCCAUAAAACUGCAGGAGAGCUUAAAAAAAGCAAGGUGCUUUCUACUCAUCAAGCUGGGAAACCCAAUCAGAUUAAAAUUGAACAGAUUAAAUUUGAUAAGUAUAUCCUGAGAAAACAGCCAAGUUUUCAUUAUAAAAACAAUACUUCUUCAGAUUCUAGACCCUCAGAGGAGAGUGAGCUGCUCACAGACACCCCCACCAACAUCGUUUCCACCACCACUUCUCCUGUGGAAUCAGAUAUAUUGACCCAAACAGAUAGAGAGGUGGCUUUGCAUGAGAGGAGCAGCUCUAUUUCUACCAUUGACACAGCCCGACUGAUCCAAGCUUUUGGCCAGGAAAGAGUUUGUCUGUCACCCAGGCGAAUUAAAUUAUACAGCAGCCUCACCGACCAUCAGAGAAGAUACUUUGAGAGGCGGAACAAGAAGAACAAGAAAGCAUUGAAUACGGGUCAUCCCCAAAUGACUUCUGAGCACACCAGAAGGAAACACAUCCAGGUGGCAAACAAUGUGAUUUCUUCUGAUUCUGUUUCAUCUUCUACCAGUAGUUUCUGUAGCUCAAGCUCUACCGUUGGCAACAAGCAAAAUGUACAAAUGUUAAACAAGAGCGUACAAGCAGGUAAUUUGGAGAUUGUGAACGGUGUCAGAAAACACACUCGAGAUGUUGGAAUGACUUUCCCAACUCCAAGUUCUAGCGAGACUAGAAUAGAAGAGGACAGUGAUGUGACUUCUUGGUCAGAAGAAAAAAUAGAAGAGAAAAGACUUCUCGCCAGCUAUCUUGGGGACAAAAAGUUAAGGAAGAACAGACACAGUUGCUGUGAAGGGGUUUCAUGGUUUGUUCCCGUGGAAAAUGUGAAGUCUGGUCCUAAGGAAAACCUGCCCAAGCAUCAUGGCCCUGGUAUCUGCUGGUUUGCACCAAUAACCAACACCAAACCGUGGAGGGAACCGCUGCGGGAACAGAACCGGCAGGGACAGCACGUGGACAACCACGGGUCACUAGCAAGCCCAGGGAGAGACCCACUGAAGCCGUUUGUGAGAGCAACCCUACAGGAAUCCCUUCAGUUUCACAGACCUGACUUCAUCUCCCGCUCUGGGGAGCGAAUAAAGCGUCUGAAGCUAAUAGUCCAGGAGAGGAAGCUGCAGAACAUGUUGCAGAGUGAGCGGGAGGCCCUGUUCGACACCGCGGGGGAGCGGCAGGGCUGCCGGGACGCCACGCGCCCGCUCCUGAAGAGAGGCUUCCUGGAUGCCCGAAAGAACAGGCCUGUUGGGAAGAAGGAAAUGAUUCAGAGGUCUAAACGGAUUUAUGAGCAGCUUCCAGAAGUUCAGAGAAAGAGAGACGAGGAGAAGAGGAGACUGGAAUAUAAGUCAUACCGGCUGCGAGCUCAGCUAUUCAAGAAGAAAGUGACCAAUCAGCUCUUGGGGAGAAAAGUUCCCUGGAACUGAUAAAAGAUUAUUUUCCUCACAGUCUUGGAAUUAUAUUUUAUCAACCUGAAGAAGCACAAUCCUUUUAUGAGUCUGGUUUAAUAAAACUUAACUCCUCGUCUAUGUUUAAUUUAGAAGUAGUAAGUAAGUAGUCUGAGGCAGAGUGGUGAUUAGGAUUAUUAAUGGUUUGGGAGCAAUACUUUCUCCACAGCGGCCUUGCCCACAGGAAUGUUUGUCACAGUGAUAUCAUUUCUGAAGUCUAGCCACGAGUGAGUCCCUUUUUGUAUGUGUUUUUAUACUUUUAGAAAAUAAAUAACUUCUGAUUGAUUCAUAGUAAAG